AUGAAGCUCUUUGACUUGGCUGGCGAUCAAUUCAACCUGAUUGACUGGGACAGUCCUGAUAUCGCGCAUGUGCUGGCAACCAUGACAUCUCUCAACAGUAACAUCUCAACGCGGGUCUUUGCCUCCAGAGAACGUGGUGAUGAUUGGCGCGAGGUUGGCUACACGGAUUGGCUUGAAAGAGUCACAGACUGGACAGCGCCGCAAAUUCGUGCUGAAGUAGAAAACGAAAGCAAUUUCACUGGCCUUGCGAGACUUGUCCAAAAGUGUCCUCGACUUCAAGACUUUGCAUACCAAGCCCUUGGCAUUCCCCUUCCCGGACUUCCUGAACUGAAAGGCUUUCAAUUUCUCAACUGGAAGAUUCUGCAAUACGUCUCAGAGCUCCCCAGCCUUCCAAAACUCAAUCGGUAG